GAUCAGUGUCUUUAAAGGGAUAUUACAGCAAUUUAAUAUUAGAGCAGCAGAGGUGGAGAUAUCCUGAUUUUUGGUCUCUAGUAUGGCUUAAAACUCUAAAAACACUUGAUCCCACAUUUCCCACAAUGCAACUCACUUUUUUUUAGACCACAUUGAUUUUUCAUGAACAAACACAUGUAAAAUAAAUAUUAGACCAACUGUAAUAAUGAGCAUAUUCACAGGUAUAAGUAAGCAUAAUUAGUAUGCAUCUGGGAGGGCGGAGAAAUAAUUAGACCUCCCUUGAUGUAUGUGUGCACAUCUUUUAAACUUGAUGACCCCAGUUUGCAAUGCAGUUUGUUAUACAUUUGUAGUCUCCAAGCUCAAACUAAUUUUCUCAGACUUGACAAAGCUCCUCCAGAGAAGACAUUUUACAACUGUUUUCACAGGCUGAGCAGUACUGUGACAAGCAAACUGCUUAAAAUGGGUGGAGUGCCCCUUUAAGAGGCCCCGCUGAUUUGAGAGUCUGUGGAUGCAGAUUGGUUCCUAAACUUCGGUGUGAGGGUGGGUUUUGGGAGGUGACUGCGUGUCAGAGGAAAGCCGGAGAAAAACUAGAUGCUUGUAAGAAACUCAAGAAGACUUUAGACGAGGAUAACCAUGAGGUGAGGGAACAAAAUGUCAAUAACUGUCACUACUUAUAUGCUCUUUCACGCUCAGUGCCAUUGGGCCUCACAUUAUACUGUGGUAGUUUUAUUCCUAUUAGCAUUUCAUUUUAAUAUAGACAUGGAUUUUCAAGGGCUCUUCCUGACAUUGAAACUGGCAUUGUUUAUCAGGUGUGCCCAAAUGUUUUUGACAUGGAGAGCCAAUAAGGACCAAAAGAAAACAUGCGCUGCAGGCAGUGGGCACUAAUUAGUUUUUCCAGUGUCUGACAUUAUUGUGGCCUUUACUAAGUAAGUAAACCAUAUGGCAACGUAACAAGUUAAUACAUGUCCAUUAGCCUCUUUUUUUUCUAAAGGGAUAUCUAACAUAUUUUAACAACAGCCACUAGACAGAGUAUCUAAAACAAGGCUUGAAUAUGUAUUAUAUGAAUAUAAAGACAUCUGGUUUAUAGUAAUUGAAUCAGUCUGAUGUGUUGUGAUUACCUGAAAGUCUCCCAAUGAGUCAUAAACGACACAGCUUUAACAAACCUUUACUUAUCUUUAAUUUUCAGUAACUUCUAAUUGUGAUUUUUCAGUUUAUUGACUGGUGAAACUCCAGCUGCGUACAUUGCCUGUGUUGUUCUGUUCUAGUAUGUGCUCGCACACUUUGUCUGGGGCAUUAGGGUGUUAAUGGAUUACCGAAAGGUGUUGAGUCAGGUGUGUGUGUGUGUGUGAGGAGGGGUGGGGGUAAUGUGCACCCAUGUGAAUGAGGGUGGUACAGUCCUCAAAGUGUGCUCAGACACCAGCCUCAAGUCCUCAUUUCUCUCUCAUGCUCCCUCUGUCACCACUCUGUGAUCUAUCACCCUCUCUGUCUCCUGUUCUCUCACCCUUGCUUCUCCCUUCAUCCGCCUCACUCCUGCACAGUAGUUUGCAGCUUUUAUCCUCUCACUCUCUUCACUCUUUGCAAUGUGUCCCCUCUGCGUUGCCUAACAGUCAUCUGCCCUCAACAUGGAUAUCGGAGGAUUGACCACUGUGGUUGCAAAUUCUGCGUACAUCAAUGCUCGUGGAAGCAUUGAUGGCUCUAAUGCAGCAGCUCGGGAUAAGAAGUACCAUUCUCGCCUCAAACUGCCCCACAUCACCGUGUGCGAGGACUUGAAGGAUACCCUGGAUUUGACCUUUGACACAGUCUGUGUGGACCAGCCGAUUGGCAAACGCCUCUUUAGGGAGUUCCUGAAUGCAAAUAAAGAUUAUGUCCCGGCUUGCCGUUUGUGGAAAGACGUCGAGGCCUAUGACCUGGCAGAGGAUUCUGAAAGGGUAAACAAGGCCUCAAAGAUUGUCCAGCGUUAUAUGGACUCCUCUGCCAAACACUAUUGCCCAUUCCUGUCUGAGGACAUCAUAGCCAAAGUGAAAGAAAACCAGGAGGCUGCAGGGGAUGACUUGUUCUCUGCAGCUUUGGCCACAACGCUGGACUAUCUGCGAGAGGCCCCCUACACUUUCUUCCUUGAGAGCAUGUACUUGAAGAGGUUCCUACAAUGGAAGUGGCUCGAGAUGCAGCCCAUGGAUGACGACUGGUUCCUAGACUUCCGUGUGCUCGGGAAAGGUGGGUUUGGGGAGGUGUCUGCCUGCCAGAUGAAGGCCACCGGAAAACUUUAUGCCUGUAAGAAACUCAACAAGAAGAGGCUGAAGAAGAGGAAAGGCUAUGAGGGGGCAAUGGUGGAGAAGAGGAUUCUUGAGAAGGUUCACAGUCGCUUCAUUGUGUCAUUGGCGUACGCUUUCCAGACAAAGGACGAGCUUUGUCUGGUCAUGACCAUCAUGAAUGGAGGAGAUCUCAAGUACCAUGUCUACCUGGUGGACGAGAACAACCCAGGGUUUAAUGAACCCAGAGCCUGUUUUUACAUCGCUCAGAUCAUCCAAGGCCUGGAGCAUCUCCACCAGAAAAGAAUCAUCUACAGAGAUCUCAAACCAGAAAAUGUGCUACUAGAUAAUGACGGCAAUGUGCGUAUAUCUGACCUGGGUCUUGCUGUGGAGCUAAAAGAAGGCAAAACGAUGACCAAAGGCUACGCUGGAACACCGGGGUACAUGUCUCCAGAGAUGCUGAAAGGGGAGAAGUAUGACACAUCAGUUGACUACUUCACUCUGGGGGUGACAUUGUUUGAGUUCAUGGCUGCUAAGAACCCGUUCAGAGAGAGGGGGGAGAAGGUUGAUCGUGAGGAAAUGAAAGAGCGUAUCCUGAACCGAGUGGUGACCUAUUCAGAGAAUUUCAGCGAGCAUGCAAAGUCCCUCUGUGAUGGGCUGCUCGCUAAAGAGGUUGAUAAGAGGAUGGGCUUUAAGAAUGGAAGCUGUGAUGAGAUCAGAGCGCACCCCUUUUUCAGUGACAUCAACUGGAGGAAACUGAAUGCAGGAAUCCUACCUCCUCCUUUUGUACCUGACCCUAAAGUGGUGUAUGCUAAAAGUCUGGAUGAUGUCGGAGCUUUCUCCUCGGUGAAAGGAGUGAACCUGGAGGAUCCAGACAAGACCUUUUUUGAUGAGUUUUCCUCAGGCAAUAUCCCCAUCCCCUGGCAAGAGGAGAUGAUUGAUAUGGGCAUUUAUGGAGAGCUCAACAUUUGGGGUCCUGAAGGCAGCGUCCCUAACGACCUCCGCAGGGAGUCUAUACUAGAGCAGCCACCAAACAAGUCAUCAACCUGCUGCACAUCGUAGAGUCAUUGAGACACCUUGAAAACAAAUCAACCAUGCGGUGUAAAGACUCUCGGUUCUCAAGAACAUGUGGCAUGAAGACUCAAAUACUCAGGACAGACAGACAGUCUCUUCUGAACUUUCUGAUCGCAGAAUUACAACAGUUUGAGACGCUAAACAUUUCUUGGUGGGCACAGGAAACAACAAGGAUAGAACAGAGGUGGAUGUUCAACCUUGAAUGGACUUAAGCAUAGAUGUACUGUAGGUGUUAAAGAAAUUUCUUGACAUUUUAUGCUCUAAAACCACUGUCCCUCCCUCACACUCUCUUCAUCUUCUCCUUCUUUGUCCCCCUCUCUCUUUGUAUGUGCAUGUGCUGAAUUAUUGUAAUGCUUUUUGAUUUAAACUGUUUAUUUUCCUCUAUCCUAUAUGUGGUCCUAUAGCGUGUAUGUCUUCCAUUUGAUGGAAAAUUCUAUAGUUUCCUUUGUCUUAGUUUUUACUAUAUUCAGCUAAAUUAAACGCUGCUGUUGGAUUACCAAAAGCAGAGAGACCAGAAAUACAGUUUCAUGCUUUUGGAAAACAUUUUGUGUUUAUUUCAUUGUUAAUAAUUGACUCUUUGCACGAAUAGCCAAGAGCAGAGCACUUUUGAUAGAGGUUUAUGUAUGUUAGAGACGAAUUUGAAUGUAAGAGAAGUGUUAACAGCAAAUCGAUUUAUUUUUAAAAACAAAUUGUUGAUCAAAGGUUAAGUCAGAAAUAUCAAAUGUAUGGAAAAGUACUGGCAAAUAAAAUAGCUUAUUGAAAUGGAAAUUUGAGUCAGGAACUUCAUUUCUGCUUUCUGCUCAACAAGGGUUAUAGCAAUGUCCAGGAAUGUCAUGUAAACACAGAACAAAACCAGACUUUUUUCUGUAUUGAUUUAAAAAUAGAUUUUUUUAGUGAUAAAGAUCAUCA